AUGGUUUUCCUUUCAAACGCUGUCUCUAAUGCUCGUAUCGAAGAAGUAAACAGUAAAGGUGAAUUACACCAUGACUCUGUAGGCACAACUGUCUAUGGUACUCGUUGGGCUUCUGAGGAUAUACCAAGAUUUGAUUUACCACAGGAUGAAAUGCCCUCAAGCAAAUUAAUCAAAGACGAUUUGGCUCUCGAUGGCAACCCUGCCUUGAAUCUUGCCACAUUCGUUACAACCUAUAUGGAAGAAGAAGCAGAAAAGCUAAUGGCUGAGAACCUUUCAAAGAACUUUAUUGAUUAUGAAGAAUAUCCUCAAAGUGUUGAAUUAUGUAACCGUUGCGUCAAUAUGAUUGCUCGUCUUUACCAUGCUCCUAUGGAUAGUGCUGAACAAGAGGCCCUCGGUUGCUCUACCGUCGGUUCUUCCGAAGCCAUCAUCUUGGCUACGCUUGCUAUGAAACGCCGCUGGCAAAACGCUCGUAAAGAAAAGGGAUUACCUACUGAUAAGCCCAACUUGGUCUUGGGCGCCAAUUGUCAGGUGGCCUGGCAUAAGGCUGUUGAAUACCUUGAGAUCGAAGCGCGUGAAGUCGAAUGCACUGAGGAUUGUCUCUGUAUGGAUCCUCACAAGGCUGCUGAACUCGUAGAUGAAAACACAAUUGGUGUCUGUGCUAUCCUGGGAUCUACCUAUACAGGUCAUUAUGAAGAUGUAAAGACCUUGAAUGAUCUUUUGGAAGAAAAGAACAAGGAAAACGGUUGGGAUGUUGGUAUUCAUGUGGAUGCUGCCAGUGGUGGUUUUGUUGCUCCCUUUGUUGUUCCUGAACUUGAAUGGGAUUUCCGAUGCAGUCGCGUUGUCUCUAUUAAUGUGUCUGGUCAUAAGUAUGGUAUGACAUAUGCAGGUGUUGGCUGGUGUAUCUGGAGAAGUCCUGAAUACCUUCCCAAGUCAUUGGUAUUCAACAUCAACUAUCUUGGCAGUGAACAAGCAUCAUUCACUCUCAAUUUCAGUAAAGGUGCUGCACAUGUGAUUGCUCAGUACUAUGUGCUCAUUCGUUUGGGCAGAAAUGGCUUUAGAAAGAUCAUGUCUAACCUGACUGCCACAGCUGAUCAUUUAGCCGCACGAUUAAAGGCCACUGGAUACUUUGAAAUUAUGAGUGAAACAGGUGGCCGUGGUUUACCUUUGGUUGCCUUCAGAUUGAAGGAAAAGCAUCAUUUUAACGAGUUUGAUAUCUCUUCUAAACUACGUGAACGUGGAUGGAUUGUCCCUGCUUAUACUAUGGCACCUAAAGUUGAGCACUUGAAGAUGUUGCGUGUUGUUGUCCGUGAAGACUUUUCUAGAUCACGUUGUGAGAUCUUGGUAAAGGACAUUAUCGCUGCAGUUCGUGCUUUAGAAUCUGUAGACGAAGAAAACAUCAACAAACGACGUGAACAUAUUGAAAAACACUCCCUUACUUCACUUCAUGCCAGCCAUGAGGCCACUUAUAAGCCAAAGACAGACGACGGUGCUGAUGCAGAAACAACCGAAGAACCUAAAGCUGCCAAGGGCAUUUGUUAAAUUAUUCAAUAAAAAAUAUCCUUAUUUAUAUGUCUAAUCUAG